GGACAUUGUUGCCAAGACAACCGAAACAAUGAGCGUGAACUUUAUGUAACUAAACGCUAGACCAAGAAGUUUCAGGUUUUACUGUAUAAGUUUAUUCUAUUCCUCUAUUGUAAACGACAAUGAUUCCUCCAGCUGACACGCUGCUGAAAUACGACAAUCCAGUUCUGGUCAACAAAAGCACAGACAGAAAAUCACCAAAGGGACGCCCUUUGAAAGUAAGCCCUCAGCAGCCCAUUGACUCUACACCUGUUCCACCACCUCCUAAACCAAAAUCAGCAUCUACUGAGGCUACUAAGCAGGAAAAUGAGGAGCUCCUCAAUUCAAUCCUCCCACCCAGGGAGUGGAUGGAGGGAAACCAACUGUGGGUGCAGAAAGUAUCCAGUACACCUUGUACGAGAGCAGAUGUGUUGCACCUAGAAGAACUCCUAAACACAAAACUGCAGCAAAGACAGGCCAAAGAAACAGGAAUCUGCCCUGUCCGCAGGGAGCUCUAUUCCCAGUGUUUUGAUGAAUUACUCAGACAGGUAACCAUCAACUGCGCUGAGAGGGGUAUGCUAUUGUGGCUGGUCAGAGAUGAGAUUCAGAUGACCAUUGCUGCCUACCAGACCGUGUAUGAAAGCAGCAUAGCUUACGGCAUGAGAAAGGCACUGCAGGCUAAGAAGGGCGAAGCUGAUAUGAAAAACAGAAUUUUGGAGCUAGAGAACGAGAAACAAGAACUGAAGAAGGCGCUGAAUGAAGAGAAGGCUAAAUGUGAAACAGUUGAGAAGAUAGAAGCUGAAAAGCGACAGCUAGAGGAAAAGAGGCACGAUGACGAGAUCCAGUUCCUAAAGAGAACCAACCAACAGCUUAAGGCUCAACUGGAAGAGAUAAUUGCACCAAAGAAGUAAAAAAACAAACAAACAAACACUUAGCUGGCAUUUCUCUGUACAAGAUUGUGUUCACUUGUAAUUCAUCUUAUUGCUUAAUGAUACAUUAAAGUAAAAACUUAGUGUAAUUUA